CCGCGUCCCUGCAGGUGGCGGCGGACCCGGCGGCGGCCCCGCGCAGGGAGCCCGCGUCGCACCGCCCGCGUCGCCCCACCCGCGUCGCCGAGGGCUGCCGGGCGCACGGAGCGGCGGAGUCGGGCACUCCCAUGGGCAGGGCGCCCUCCGCGGGCGGGAUCUCGGCCAGAGCCGUGUAGCGCGGGGCGGCCGGGCGGCGGGUGCUGCAGCGCUCCGCGGACACCGGCCGCCGGCGGGUGCGAGGCCGGGGCGGGCUGAAACAUGGCGCAGCGAAAGGGCCGCACGGAGGCGGACGAGCUGGCCAACGCCGCCGCCCGCGGCGACCUGCAGCGCCUGAAGGAGCUGCUGGACGGCGCGGCGAACCCCAACGCCGUCAACUCCUACGGCCGGACGGCCAUCCAGGUGAUGAUGCUGGGCAGCCCGCGGGUGGCCGAGCUGCUGCUGCAGCGCGGAGCCGACCCCAACCGCCCCGACCCGAGCACCGGCUGCUUCCCGGUGCACGACGCGGCCAGCGCCGGCUUCCUGGAGACGCUGGAGGCACUGCACCGCGCCGGGGCGCGGCUCGACCUGCCCGACGGCUUCGGCCGCCUCCCGCUCGACGUGGCGGCGGGGGGCCCGCACGGACCGGUGGGCCGCUACCUGCGACACCCGCCGCCCCUCGUCUAGCCUCCUCCCGUAAUUUAUUGCCCGCGCCCACCUCGGGAGACAGGAAGUAGAACAGCACUCACGGGCUUCUAAAAUCCGCGGGUGGCGUUUCGCUGCUCGGAUGCACGAAGGACCAGCGCGAUAUGUAUCGGUUUGCACGCUAUAGUUAGCACGUGCCUGCAUGUUUUCCUGCGCUUGACACCCUCCACGCCCCGCUUUUUGACAUGGUAGUCCAAACACUGUGAAGAGAAAUGAAUAUGAAGGAAAGCCCCUGCACAGAGACGGCACAAUAAACCUUUCGUGUUUUGACAGGA